UAAUCAUUUGAUUCUGACAAUUUGAUGAGUUCUCAAACUAAAAAAUGUGCACUUGAUUUGUAAAGCGGGCUAAAAUCGAAUCUAACUUUUUUUAUGGAUAUUUAUGUAGUGCCAUACGCUUUCCUGUUAAAUAUCAGCUUUAUUUAUAGAAGCAACACUUUUCUCGUGCAAUUUCCCAAACUUUAGCGUCAAUAUUUAUUUGUUUACAUGUUCGGAUAUUUUUUAAUCGAAUACCGUCUGUCACCGCCAAUUGAAUACACCGUGCAGACGACAAAUUGGACCAAUUGCGCUUGAUUGACAGUUUUGUCUAAGCGAGUAAUUAAUGUUAAACGAAUAUAAUUCAUGGGCUGGAUAGUUGUGAAAAACACAUAUUCACUAAAUGAUCACUUACACGAGACAGAAGAUAUUGCUGCUGAGCUUAAUGCUUUUUCGAUGAGACAGGACGUAGCCAUUCGGAUUAUUUAUUUAUAUUUUUUGUCAAUAAAGUAAUCUAAAUCGAGUAUUUAAUACCGGAAAUUUUCGCCAUGAGUGAUUCAGUAUUCAAUGUUGUUAGCCGGGAGCAUCAGUUGACAAGAGCGGUGCUUGUAAAGAUAUGAACUUAAAAUAGUUGUCUAAGAAAUGAAAUAUAAUUAAACAGGAUAAAAUAACUGUCUUUAUUUAGAAAAUAAAAUAAUAAUUAGGGAGCAGGCACUGAUAUAUAAGGAACGAAGCAGAAUUUUAUUUUAACUGUGCGAAACCAAUAUACUAAAAGUGUUGGACAUAAAUAGUUGUCUUUGACGAAACACACUUUCAAUAAUUGUGGAAAGAGCAUUAUUUUGGUAACACAAUAUAAAACAUUCCAAGGAAGAGGGCAGAUUUCCUAACCGAUGAGGUGUUUUGUGGAAACGCACGAGAACUUGGAUGGUUGAAAUGAUUUUAAUUCGCAAAAAGUCGUGAAAUGAUGGACAGACCAAGUUCAGUGAUAAUUUUCGUUGGACUAGCAUUAGUGAUGUCUACAUUAGUCGAGUGUGGCUGUCAGUUUGAAGGCGCGGUGCACGAGGUCGGCAGCACGUGGCAUCCCGAAAUUUUCGGAACGUGUGUCAACUGCACGUGUCGCCUUGGCAACAACGAUAGCCCUGAAGUAACUUGUGUGAAUACCGCGGAGAAAUGUCCGAAGCUUGACUGUGAUAACCCUACAAAGGACCCACAUAGUUGUUGUCCUUAUUGUGAAGAUAUUCCCAACCUUCCUCCUACAGUGAGUAGUGACAAGGAAAAAAGUAGUUCGCUAGAGAGGUCGCCUUGCCAGACGACGAGCGGAAGGAUAUAUCAGCAUGGCGAACGCUACGCUUCUAAUGAUACGGGGAUUCGCCGGAAUACCGAGGACCAGUGCGUCAUGUGUAUAUGCCAGAACGGCGAUCCGCUUUGCUACUUGAAAACAUGUCCGAAAAUUCCAACCGGAUGUUCUGCCAUCUUGUUUCCGGAAGAUGACUGUUGUCCCAGAUGCGCAGACAUUACGGAAGUGGAAAACUCGGAAUCUGAUUGCCUUGACAACCAGUUGGUAAAGAAGAACGGCAGCACUUGGCACCCGAGCAUCGUCUCCAUCGGUGAGAUCACGUGCGUCACUUGCACGUGUUCGAACGGGGAAAUUAAGUGUCACAAAGACUGCAUUCCCGACUACGAACUACCCUGUCGGAACCCACAAAAGCCUAGUGGUGAAUGUUGUCGUUCCUGUCCCGAUAAUACGCAGACGUCAGGAAGUGACGCCACUGAAGAAAAACCCAAAGAUAAAAAGAAGCGAAAGAAGAAAAAGGAUCGAAAGAAAGGAAAGAAAGAUAAACGAAAAGAUAAAAAGAGACGCAAGCGAUGUAAAGACAACAAAGAAAGUAAAAAAUGCAAGCGUCGGCGGAGACGGAAAGACAGGAAGGACAAGAAGGCGCGGCCGCCGGCGGAAGUGACGGCGAUCACUACCGGCGUGGAUCUGGCGACCCUGUGCUUCAACCGGCGGCGGAAGCCUACUCACCUUGUGUACAAGUCCAUCUCGGAGACUGACUUGAUGAUCGCCUUUGACGAAAUUGCCGCUGACACGGUCCAUGUCUUUAGGUGGACUGUGAAAAAGAGUAACGACCGAAGCCUCGUGACGUUCAACGUACCGGAAAAGUUGUCGGCACAACAAUUCCGGCGGACAAUCAACAACACGAAUGUCGUCGGUACCACAAGUGCUUCACAGUAUCGGAAGUUCAAGAAACGACUUACAGCCAAGUUGGAGACGUGUUCUGCGGACUGUGAACCUGAAAUGUUCAUAAAUAUUUUACAGAGAGUGAAACUAAAAUUACUCAAGUUUGGUGACCCGUGCUAAUGUUGGUAACGCUCGUUUCUAUGUUGAAAUGGCGUGAUCUAUGUUGAACUAUAAAUAGUGCUUCAAUGACAUUGUGUAGACAUUAAUUUUACGACAUCUUAUUGUGACCGGUCCUGGUUUAACUGUGAAUUUUACGGCAUAUAAUUGUGACUUGUCGGGGUAUAAACCUGAUUUUUAUUUUGACCUGUCGGGAACUGAUUAUUAUAUUUGUUCACUCGAAUUUGUUAAGUGAAACCGGAAACUGAAUUUAACAAAAAGAAUUGAUGAGCUGAUUGAUUGAUUGAUUGAUUGAUUGAUUGAUCGAUCGAUCGUUUGAUUGAAUAGUGGAUUGAUUGAUAUAUUGCAUUUUUAAUACUAACUGGGCAUAACCGAAAUCAUACCCCGACUUGUUAAAUAAAAACUACGUUACAUACGAUGUAAUAAUGUAGAUGCCAAUUCACAUUUUGAAAUGUAAUAUAACAUUUUUUAAUAACGAUAUGUUCCAGAUAUCACACGUUAUUGACUUUGUUGGUGAACCAACACGAGGGUUGACGGUCUAUGGCAUGUAACACAUAACCCAUGUCCCUUCGUUGCCCGUUAAAACUUGUUUCACCAUGGUUGGGGAGUAGCUAGCGAAACGGACUUCCACAAGCGCCUAACAUCAGCCGCACAAGUGAAGUGAUAGUUUGCUGGUCAAUGAGGGAAUAGGCCCUUGGCUCCGUAGCUUGUGCGAUCAUCAGAAUUGACAUAGCUACGCCCCACACGAUAUCAAAUACCGAAUUUGUUUUGUUUUUGUAAAUAAAAAUUGUUAAGUUUUUUCUCCCAUGAACAUUGUAACGGCUGAUUUAAAUUUCCCUUUUCUUUCCUUUUUUGUUGUCUUUUGUUAUAUUUUAAUUUCCUUAACAGAAAAACAACAACAUUAUACAAUAAACUAAGCAUUGCAUACCUGA